GGGAGGGUGGUCUUGCAGUAGAGGCGAAGGAACAGGACUUUAUUGAGGAGUAGCUGCAACGGUAGAGUGGGGGGAAAAGCCCCUCGCCUUGCGGAUGGUUGGAGACGAAAGAAAAGGAGGGGAGGAAGAAAAAAAGAAGAAAAAUAGUGCACUAAGGCAAAUAGUCACUUUGCGCGACUGGGAGGCUGCCGGCUGCUUUGUUUAACUUGUUGAUGCGACGUUAUUGUGCAGUUUUAUUUCAGCGUGUGUGUUUCAGUGCGCGCGCGUGUGUGCCUGCAGUAAGGAUAGAUGGAAGGCGAUACAGCAAGUAGUCUCCUGCGAGGAUUUGAUUAAACUCCCCGUAGAGGCAGUUUAAGGAGCAGCCUACCCUAAGGUCAGCAUGGCAGCAGGUGUGGCGGCGUGGCUCCCGUUCGCCCGCGCGGCGGCCAUCGGGUGGAUGCCUGUGGCCAGCACCCCGAUGCCCGUCCCUCCGCAGGACAAGCGCAAAGCCCAGGACGGGCUGAUCAUCCUCAACGUGAGCGGCACCCGCUUCCAGACGUGGCGGACCACGCUCGAGCGCUACCCGGACACUCUGCUGGGCAGCAACGAGAAGGACUUUUUCUUCCACGAGGAGAGUAACGAGUACUUUUUCGACCGCGACCCGGAUAUCUUCCGGCACAUCUUGAAUUUCUACCGCACGGGAAAACUCCACUAUCCGCGCCAGGAGUGCAUCUCGGCCUAUGACGAGGAGCUGGCUUUUUUCGGGAUCAUCCCUGAGAUCAUCGGGGACUGCUGCUACGAGGAGUACAAGGACCGGCGGCGCGAGAACGCCGAGCGGCUGCAGGACGACGAGGAGAUGGACAGCAGCAACGACGUGACGCCGGUCAACAUGACGGCGCGGGAGUACCUGUGGCGCGCCUUCGAGAACCCGCACACCAGCACCCUGGCGCUGGUCUUCUACUACGUCACUGGCUUCUUCAUCGCCAUCUCGGUCAUGGCCAACGUGGUGGAGACGGUGCCGUGUGGGACGCUGCCCAACCGCGCCAAAGAGGUGUCGUGCGGGGAUCGUUACGCGCUGGCCUUCUUCUGCUUGGACACGGCUUGCGUCAUGAUCUUCACGGUCGAGUACCUAUUGCGCCUCAUCGCCGCCCCCAGUCGCUACAAGUUCAUGAAGAGCGUGAUGAGCGUCAUCGAUGUGGUGGCCAUCAUGCCAUACUACAUUGGCCUGGUCAUGACCGACAACGACCAGGUGAGCGGCGCCUUCGUCACGCUGCGCGUCUUCAGGGUCUUCCGGAUUUUCAAGUUCUCCCGGCACUCGGCGGGCCUGCGCAUUCUGGGCUACACGCUGAAGAGCUGCGCCUCCGAGCUGGGCUUCCUGCUCUUCUCGCUCACCAUGGCCAUCAUUAUCUUCGCCACCGUUAUGUUCUACGCCGAGAAGGGCUCCGCCGCCAGCAAGUUCACCAGCAUCCCCGCCGCCUUUUGGUACACCAUCGUCACCAUGACGACGCUCGGGUACGGCGACAUGGUGCCAAAAACAAUUGUGGGGAAGGUUUUCGGCUCCAUAUGCUCAUUGAGUGGGGUGUUGGUCAUCGCUUUGCCUGUGCCUGUCAUCGUGUCAAACUUCAGCCGCAUCUACCACCAAAGCCAGAGGGCGGAGAAGCGGCGAGCUCAGAGGAAAACUCGGCUCGCUAGAAUCCGUGCUGCGAAGAUUCGGGGCACUAAUGCCUAUAUGCGCUACAAACAAAAUGGGCUCCUGAUCGACUCACUGGAGGAGGCCUCUAAGGAGGCAGGACAAGCCCUGGUUGGGAAAUCUACCAGCCCUCCAUUCGAGAGCCAACACCAUCACCUUCUGCACUGCCUGGAGAAGACCACGAAUCAUGAGUUUGUGGACGAACAGACGUUCCAGGCUAACUGCAUGGAGAUUUCAGUGAUCAAAAAGUCAGGCUCCCGCUCCUCCUCGCUGUCGUCCUCGCCGCAUGGUCUGGGCUCGUGCUGCUCCCGGCGCCACAGGAAGAAGAACAGCUUCAGCCUGCCAAGCACAAACAACCAGGAGCUGAGCACCAUCCAAAUCCGAGAGAGGCCCAUGGCCAACAGCCGCUCCAGUCUGAAUGCCAAACUGGACGAGACCGUGCCCUUGAAAUGUGACGAGGCGUACGUCAGUCCCUGCAUGGUCAGCCUCGCCGCCCCAGUGGCGACCUCGCCCGAUGGCGACGGCUCGUCCGGCACUGCCUCGGUGUACUCUCAGAGCAACAUUGUGCGAGUGUCAGCCUUGUAGACGCCUGCCGGGACACCUCGCUCCCCACCGCCCCACCAUGCUCAAGGAGAUGGGACCAGCGAGCAUGAACCUGCCAACCCCGGAAGGAUUAUGAGAUGAUUUGUUUCUGAGCGAUGAUCUCAUCUGAUGUCAAACUCUCUCUGCAUGUUUUUUUAAAACGUCAACGUGAAUGACGACAGCGAGACGUGACCAGCACAUUUGUCCCAUUAAGCACAGCACAGCCGAGGGAAUGCGUGGUGAUCAUUGUUGCCUAAACAUACUGAGAAACACUUUAUUCUGGGAUAUGUCUGUUGCAGUGUUUUUUUUUUUGGUUGUUUUUUUUUUUUGUGGUUUGGCGGGCCUCUGAUGACAAAGCACACCCGUUCAUUUUCCUUCCUGCAAAAGCCACUUUUUUGUGAAGACAGUGGUACCUUGACAUACGAGCGCCCAAUCUUUGAGUUUUGAAGAAAAUGACCCCUGUUUCGUUCUUGAGCAGAAAGAGAGGAACCACUUGUUGUUUAUUUCAUUAAAAAAAAAAAAAGUCCCACAACAUUAAAUUCCAAACAUUUUACUCCACAGGUCUACAUUGUAGUACAAGGUUUUGCCAAAACAUGUCAGGCAGCACUGAGUUCAAUUGACAAAACAGCAGAGGAAUUGAGAGCAUUUGUUUCUCUAGUAAUACAGUAUUUGUCAUUUCCACACUGUAAACACCGAUAAAUUACCAGAAAUCAAAAGAUUAGAGGCUAUCAAUUGCCUUUUUAAGUUUAUAAACUUAGAAAUUAGUUUUUUAAAACUUACAAGUUUGGAUUACUAACUACCCUACUUGUACCAUUUGAUAUCGGUUGUCAACUUAAAGAUUUAAAAUUAAAAAAAAA